AUGGCGACCGAAUAUUCUGCAGUCGUUUGUUACCCUCCCAAUCCACGACCAGACUGGAGAGUCGAAAAUGUCAAAAUCACUCGAUCACCCAAGGAAAAUGAGCUGAAGGUUCGAAUGAUAGCCAGCGGAAUCUGUCACACCGAUGUCUUUGUCUCGUCCAUACCAGGUGGAAUAAUAGGAACUGAAUACCCCAAAGUUCUGGGGCAUGAAGGAUCUGGAAUUGUGGAAGAAGUUGGACCGGGGGUCACGAUCGCCCAAGUCGGAGAUCCGGUUCUUCUGUCUUAUGACUACUGCAAGAAUUGUGACUUGUGCAAGAAUGAGCAGCAGCCGUACUGUCUAAAUUUUCACCCUCUGAACGUCAUGGGGGACAAGAAUGCCUUCGAGACUUCCCAAGGCGAAGCUGCUGAGGGCAAAUUCUUUGGUCAAUCGAGCUUCGCAGGCAUGAGUAUUGUCUCUGCUACAAGCGUCGUCAACGUCAAAGAUCUCGUCAAGAGUCACGAAGAGUUGAAACUGCUGGCGCCACUCGGAUGUGGCUUGAUGACCGGUUCCGGCACGGUGAUCAAUGCAGCAAGGGCCGGGCCGGGGGACAUUGUGGUGGUCACUGGUGUCGGAGCCGUGGGGUCGGGUGCAAUCAUGGCAGCCAAAAUCUCGGGAUGUAAAGAGAUUGUCGCCGUCGACCGUGUCGCCUCUCGUCUCGAAAUCGCCAAGGAAGUCGGUGCCACCAAGGUUCUGGAUACAAGUCAGCCAGAGAAUAUGGAUCUUGCGGAGGACCUGAAGAAGUUGGUGGACAAUCAACGCAUUUCCAUCGUGGUCGACACCACGGGUGUGAUUCCUGUGAUUCAGGGGUGUGCACAGGCGCUGGGCAAACGGGGAAAAUUGCUUCAAAUCGGUGUCCCGAAACGAGGGUCGGAAUUGACGCUUGCACUGACAGAUUUCUUUGGGAUGAGUAAGACUUACGAAUGCAACUUUCUGGGGGAUACAACGGGCCAGAUCUGGGUGCCGAAAAUGCUUCAAUGGUGGCGCGAGGGCAAGUUUCCCAUUGAGAAGAUCGUCAAGUAUUUCCCGAUCCGGGACGCGCUACAGGCGUAUCAUGGGAUGGACUCUGGAGCGGCCAUCAAGCCUAUUCUUGUCUGGUCAUGA